ACGCCCUUCCUCAAGUCCCCAUAACCCAGACAGAAGAGUGAACCAAUUAUCCCUUCGAAGUGCCAGUCAGGGAAUGCAUAGAGAUGAGAUUUGCUUCGUUUUCUAAUCCCCACCCCGCAGCCACGGCCAAGAAACCUGCCGGCGACCGUAAUUGCCACCGCAAACACGUCGAGGACGGGUGAACAAUCCUGUUUUGAGCAACUCUUUUUUACUACCACUACCAGUCUACCACAACCACCGCUGUCAGUAGCUUUUUUACUCGCAGAAGUUCUAAUAAAUAUCCUAAUUGUAAAACCUCGGUUAGAUGGCCGGCGACAAGAACGUGCUACACGGGAAGUACGAGCUAGGGCGGCUGCUAGGCUGCGGCACGUUCGCCAAGGUUUACCACGCGCGGAACCUCGUAUCGGGCAAGAGCGUGGCGAUGAAGGUGGUCGGGAAAGACAAAGUGAUCAAGGUCGGCAUGACGGAGCAAGUGAAGCGCGAGAUCUCCGUCAUGAAGAUGGUGAAGCACCCCAACAUCGUGGAGCUCCACGAGGUCAUGGCCAGCAAGUCUAAGAUCUACUUCGCCAUGGAGCUCGUCCGCGGCGGCGAGCUCUUCUCCAAGAUCUCCAAAGGGAGAUUGAAAGAGGACGUGGCGAGGCACUACUUCCAACAGCUGAUCUCCGCUGUCGAUUUCUGCCACAGCCGUGGGGUCUACCAUCGCGAUUUGAAGCCCGAAAACCUCCUGCUCGACGACGACGGUAACUUGAAAGUCACCGAUUUCGGUCUAAGCGCUUUCAACGAACACCUCAGACAGGACGGGCUCCUCCACACCACGUGCGGCACCCCUGCCUACGUGGCGCCGGAUGUGAUCGGGAAGAAAGGCUACGACGGCGCUAAGGCGGACGUCUGGUCGUGCGGCGUGAUUUUAUUCGUUCUGUUGGCCGGAUUCUUGCCGUUCCAGGACGAUAACCUGGUCGCGAUGUACAGGAAGAUUUACAAGGGCGAUUUCAAGUGCCCGCCGUGGUUUUCAUCCGAAUCGCGACGGUUGAUAACGAAAUUGCUAGAUCCAAACCCUAGCACUCGCAUCACCGCGGCGAAAGUCAUGGAAUCGUCUUGGUUCAAAAAAUCGGUUCCGAAAGCUAUGAGGUUGAAGGAGGAGGAGAGGAAAGAAGCGUCGAGUUUCGAAGAUUGUUUACAGAAGGAGAAGAAAACAGAGACUUUAAACGCGUUCCACAUAAUUUCAUUGUCGGAAGGGUUUAAUCUGUCGCCGUUGUUCGAGGAGAAGAAGAGGGAGGAGAGAGAGGAGCUGAGAUUCGCCACGACGGGGACCACGGCGAGCGAGGUGGUGUCGCGGCUGGAGGAGGCGGCGGCGAGGGCGGGGAAGUUUAGCGUGAGGAAGAGUGGGGACAACAGCAGUGUGAGGCUGCAGGGGGAGAAGAGCGGAAGGAAAGGGCAGCUGUCGAUCGCGGCGGAGAUUUUCGCCGUGACGCCGUCGUUCCUGGUGGUGGAGGUGACGAAGUCGAGUGGGGAUACGCUGGAGUACAACCAGUUCUGCAGCAAGGAGCUGCGGCCGGCGUUGAAGGAUAUCGUAUGGACCUCCUCCCCUGUGGCUCAUAAUGCAACCCCUGCUUGAUGUACCAUUUUGGAAUGAGAAUUUGUAUUAUUAGAACAUGAUGGGCUAAAUUCUCAGUCUCAGAAUUGCUUUGUGCUUUCGAUUGAGUUCUGCAUUUUAAUUCAAUUCAUGUGUUUGUGUUGUACGUAAAUAUUACUAGUAGAGUAUGUUUUGGUCUUAGUUGAAAUGGUGUUUGAAUCAAGUAGUUCAAUCUUGAUGCAAGUGGAUGAUGAAAUUGGCUUGCUCAGCUGUUCGAACAGCAGAGUUGUAGAAGAAAAUGUAUAUAGGUUGGAUGAAUAUAAAAUGCGUAUUUGUUUUUUACACUAA